AUGGAUAUCAUAUCACAGCUACAGGAGCAAGUAAAUACAAUGGCAGCUCUUGCUUUCAACACUUUUGGUACUCUUCAGAGGGAUGCUCCUCCUGUUCGUCUCUCACCUAAUUAUCCGGAACCUCCUCCUCCUAAUCCUACACAAGACUCAACCAAUGUUGCAGACCAACCAAAGCAAAUGAGUUCUGCUUUUGUUAAGGCUGCCAAGCAGUUUGAUGCGUUGGUUGCUGCUCUUCCUUUGUCAGAUGGGGGUGAAGAAGCCCAGUUGAAAAGAAUUGCAGAACUCCAGGCUGAGAACGAUGCAGUUGGCCAAGAACUUCAAAAACAACUGGAAGCAGCAGAAAAGGAGCUAAAGCAGGUCCAGGAGUUGUUCAACCAAGCAACAGAUAACUGCCUGAACUUAAAGAAGCCAGAAUGAGUUAAGGGGGUAGAUACCUCAGUUUGAUAGAUCCAAGGGGACAGUAUUUGCUUGAGAAGCCUUUUUUUGCUGAUAUGCCUGGGAGGGACACAAAUCACCUAUAUCAGUUUUUCUUGGGGGUACAUUUACUGACUGAUUAUAUUUAAACUAGGUGUGUUCUGACAUUUUCAUUUUAAGUUCUUGGUCACUGCCAGAGAAAAGAACUCUGUAUACCAAUGCAUCUGGUUUAGAUCUUUGUUUAUUUAGAAUGAAAAGAGGUAGGAAGCAUGUGCUUUAAAGCAAAAUCAGCAGUUAUUUGUAUCCUGGUGU